CUGGUGUUUGGAGCUAUGUUCACCGACCACAUGCUGACGGUAGAGUGGUCCUUGGCAUCUGGAUUGGAGAAACCUCACAUUAAGCCUUUUGAAAACUUGUCUAUACAUCCUGAUGCCUCAGUUUUACACUAUGGCGUGGAACUGUAUGAAGGCUUGAAGGCCUUUCGAGGAGUCCAUAACAAGAUCCGGUUGUUUCGGCCUGAACUCAACAUGAAGAGAAUGUGCCGAUCUGCUCUGCGGGCCACUUUGCUGGUGUUUGACCAGGAGGAGCUUCUGGAAUGCAUUCGGCAGCUUAUACAGAUAGACCAAGAGUGAGUCCCCUAUUCCACCUCUGCCAGUCUCUACAUCCGCCCCACGUUUAUCGGGACUGAGCAAUCUCUUGGAGUCAAGAAGAAGCCAUCCAGAGUCUUGCUCUUUGUGAUCCUGAGCCCUCUGGGACCUUAUUUUUCUAGCGGAACCUUUAAUCCAGUGUCACUGUGGGCCAAUCCAAAGUAUGUCAGAGCCUGGCAAGGUGGAACUGGGGAGUGCAAGGUCGGCGGCAAUUAUGGUGCGUCCCUUUUGGCACAGUGCGAGGCAGCAGAGAAUGACUGUCAGCAGGUCCUCUGGCUGUAUGGCAAGGAUGACCAGAUAACUGAAGUGAGCACGAUGAAUCUGUUCUUCUACUGGAUAAAUGAAGAUGGAGAGGAAGAGCUGGCGAUACCUCCACUAGAUGGCAUCAUUCUCCCAGGUGUGACCAGGCAGAGCAUCAUAGUUCUGGCACAACAGUGGGGUAAAUUUAAGGUGUGUGAGAGAUACCUCACCAUGGAUGACCUGACCCCUGCCCUGGAGGGGAAGAGAGUGAAGAAGAUGUUUGGCUCAGGGACGGCCUGCGUCGUCUGCCCGGUUUCAGACAUUCUCUACAAGGGCCAGAUGCGGCACAUUCCAACAACGGAGAAUGGUCCCAAGCUUGCAAGCCACAUCUUGGGAAAGUUGACUGAUAUCCAGUACGGAAGGGUGGAGAGCAACUGGACAACAGUGUUACCCUGAUGGAAACCCCAUUGGUUUGGUCAUGUGCCACAGAAGACGGACCUCUGCCCUCAACCGUGACCACCUGUUAGUAGUUUUGCAUAUUGCAGUUGCAGAGUUCAUGUUUUACCAAGUGGAGGUUUUUUCUUGAGCCACAGAAAAUUGCCAAUGCCAAAUGUCACCUGUAAACGUGGUAGUAAUUGCUUCCUGUAGCAUUCUCUGGAAAGAUGAUGAUAAAUGCCUAUCCUUGUCCUGAAAAAAAAAAAAAAACAGAUACACUUUCCAGAAAAUAUGCCACAGUAGCAGGAAAGUUGAGAAAACAACACUAUUAUCAA